CUGCCCGCCGCCGCCUGGAGCCCGGCCCUGCUGCCGCCCGCCGCCCGCAGCAACUGGUGCUCCUACACGGURACACGGACGGUGUCGUGCCACGUCCAGAACGGGACCUUCCUGCAGAGGGUGUUCCAGGGCUGCCGCUGGCCCCUGGGCUGCAGCGGGGGCAGCUACCGCGCCGUGCUCCGGCCCCUCUACCGGGUGACCUACAGGACACUGACCGCGCUGGAAUGGCGCUGCUGCCCCGGACACGCCGGAGCCAACUGCGAGGAAGCAGAGGCUCUCCCCUCGCCCACCCUGCGGGACUCGGGCCGCCCCCGCCGUCCCCCCCUGCACCCCGCGGCUUUCUCAGGGUGCCUCAACUGCAGCCGUGUCGGGGAGCUCUCAGCCCGGCUCGCCACCCUCGAGGCACAGGUGGCCCGGCUGGCGGUGGCCGAGCCCCCCGCCCCAGCAGCGCCCAAAGGCGGCAGCGCCCCGGGCAGGGGACCCCAGGCCGGGCAGCUCUGGGGGUCUCCGGCCGCCCGCGGGAGCCCCGGGGAUGACGGGACACCCGGCUGGAGGGGCCCCCCCGGCCCCAAAGGUGACACGGGAGGACGGGGACCCUCGGGGAUUCCUGGAGUGAAGGGUCCGGUGGGGCCGCCAGGUCCCCCCGGUCCCCCGGGACCCCCCGGCCGAGAUGGAGCCAGGGGGGUCCCCGGAGAGAAGGGAUCCCCCGGGCCCCCCGGCCCCCCGGGCCCCCCAGCCCCUGUGGGGCCGGCGAUUCCCCGCCUGGCUGAGCCCGGGGACCCCCUCCUGUCCAACACCUUCACCGAAGCCACCAGGAGCAUCGUGGGUCCCGUGGGACCCCCYGGCCCCGUGGGGCCCAUGGGUGAGAGCGUCCCCCUCCCUCCCCCYCUUUGUCACCCCACACCRCUUUGGGGUCCYCCCGGUCCCCCCGGUCCCAUCGGYCCCCCCGGCCCCCCAGGACCCGAGGGCAGAGCCGGAGUGCCCGGAGCCGCCGGGCCCCGCGGGGACAAAGGGGACAGGGGUCCCCAGGGCCACCCGGGCAGCCGCGGGCAGGACGGGGCACAGGGCGAGCCGGGCCCCCGGGGCGAGCCGGGCGACAGGGGCACUUGGGGGGAGGGUUUGCACCAGCUGCGCGAGGCGCUGAAGAUUUUAGCGGAGAGGGUUUUAAUCUUGGAAACAAUGAUUGGGCUCUACGAGCCAGAGCCCGGCUCGGGCAGUGACGCCCCCAGCACGGUGGCCCCCGGGGUGCCCCGUGGCAAGCGUGGCAGCGGCCAGCCGCCCUAUCGCAUCGUCACCGCCCCUCGCCGGGCCCCUCCGGAGCUGUGACACGGCCGGGGGUGUCACCCGGGUCACCCCCACCCCACGCCGUGCCACCCUGGGGGCAGGAUGGGGCCAGCCCCUGUCCCCCCUCUUGGUGCUACUGGUGGCACGGCAGCGACCCCCCCCAAUGAUGCUUUGUCCCCAUCGCUGCUGCUUCAGCCCCCCAGGGAGGGCAAGGGGUGUCCCCAAAACCCGUUUGUGUC